ACGAUCACGCAUCUGUGCAGGACGCCGAAGCUGAAGAAAAGUGAAGGAAGCCAUCAACGGUGAAGAAUUCGGGAGGAUGGGGGAGUGAGAACACGCGUUAAAUCAAACUUUAGAGGAGAAACGAACUUUGUCUUUAACUUUUUAUUUUCUUGGAUCGUGAAGUUGGAUGGAGUGAUUGAGCUUCGACGACGUAGACGUUCCCAUCGGUUUGGAUUGUUGUGCAGGGACUGUGUGUAAAAAUGGAUUCAACCUCCUCCACAUUCAGAGGAGCUUUACUGGUUGUAUUCACAGCUUCAUGUCUUCUGCAUGGAGCCAGAGGAGAAAUGCCUCCCCAACCAAGCGGCGGGAGCACGCUUCUUCCCCCGGUUAAGCAUGAAGCCCCCCAGGCUUAUCCAGACGCAGAGAAGUCGAAUCUACCGGUGUUUACAAUGGAUUAUCCGAGAAUACAGAUACCAUUUGAGAUCACUCUGUGGGUGCUGCUGGCUUCAUUCGCAAAGAUUGGUUUCCAUGUGUACCACAAGAUCACCAUCUGGGUUCCGGAGUCGUGCCUCCUCAUCAGCAUUGGUCUGAUCGUUGGUGCCAUAAUGCACUCUGUGAACGAGGAGCCCCCCGCUGUGCUGUCCAGCAACGUCUUCUUCCUCUACAUGCUGCCCCCAAUUGUCCUGGACUCUGGCUACUUCAUGCCCACCAGGCUUUUCUUUGAGAACGUCGGCACGGUGUUGUGGUUUGCAGUGGUGGGCACUCUGUGGAACAGCAUCGGUAUCGGCAUGUCCCUGUUUGCAAUCUGCCAGAUUGAGGCUUUUGGAGUCCAGGAUGUGAACCUCCAGGAGAACCUGCUGUUUGCCACCAUCAUCUCGGCCGUGGACCCCGUGGCUGUGCUGAGCGUGUUUGAGGACGUGUCUGUGAACGAGCAGCUCUACAUCGUGGUAUUUGGAGAAUGCCUCUUCAACGAUGCUGUCACUGUGGUGUUGUACAACAUGUUCAGCUUUGUGGCGGACAUGCCAACGGUGGAGCCAGUGGACGUGUUCCUCGGCAUGGCCAGGUUCUUCGUGGUCGGGCUUGGUGGGAUGGGAUUUGGCAUUCUGUUCGGCUUCGUGGCCGCCUUCACCACGAGAUUCACCUCCAGGGUCAAGGAAAUCGAGCCACUGUUCAUAUUCAUGUACAGCUACCUGGCCUAUUUGGUGGCCGAGCUCUUCGCCAUCUCAUCCAUCAUGGCCAUUAUUACCUGUGCCCUCACCAUGAAAUACUACGUGGAGGAAAAUGUUUCCCAGGGUUCCUGCACAACCAUUCGCCACGUGGUCAAGAUGCUUGGCUCCAUCGCCGAGACCCUCAUCUUCUUCUUUCUCGGGGUUGUCACGAUAACAACAGACCACGAGUGGAACUGGGGCUACAUCCUGUUCACGCUGCUGUUUGCCUUCGUUUGGAGAGGUCUGGGUGUCUUGGUACUGACUCAGAUCAUCAACCCUUUCCGCACCAUCCCAUUCAACAAGAAAGAUCAGUUUGGUUUGGCCUACGGUGGCCUGCGAGGCGCAAUUUCAUUCGCCCUGGCUUUCACUCUUCCUGAUACCAUCGUUCGCAAGCCGCUCUUCGUCACGGCCACCAUCACCAUCAUCAUCUUCACUGUGUUUCUUCAGGGCAUCAGUAUCCGUCCUCUAAUUGAGUUCAUCAAUGUCCGCAGAACCAACCGCAAUCUUGACACCAUCAACGCAGAGAUCCACUGCAGGCUCAUGGACCACACUAUAGCAGGCAUAGAGGACCUCUGUGGACAGUGGAGCCACUUCUACUGGAAGGACAAGUUCAUGAAAUUCAACAAUCGGAUCCUGCGUAAGAUCUUGAUCAGAGACAGCCACGCCGAGUCCAGUAUUGUGUCGCUGUACAAGAAGCUGGAGCUGCAGAACGCCAUGGAGAUCCUGGACACGGUGUCGGGCGACCUCAGUGCGGCGCCGUCCCUCGUCUCGCUCUAUGAGGAAAAGAAAAGCUCUGCUAAACCAAAGAAGAAGUUCCUGACUUCCGAUCUGAAGAGCAUGCAUGAUAUCCUGUCCAAGAACAUGUACAAGAUCAGGCAACGGACGACGGCGUACACGGGCAAGCACAAACUGCCCAAUGAAGCCCACGCCAGGGAGAUACUGAUCAGACGCCACACCAGCAUCCGUCGCAGCAUCCGACCCGGCAGCUUUCAGUCAUCGGAGAUGACCAAGUCUCAUAAGUAUUUCUCUCUUCCUGCCGGGAAGAGUCUGGACUCCAAGUUAUUUCCUCCAGAGAGAAUGAGCUCUACAGACGAUCACGAGACCAUGUCAGAAGUGGCCUACCCCUCCCGACGCACUCGGUUUGGCCAGCCUGCACGCUCCUCCUCCAGAGCCAUGAUGCCUCUACGAAGGCUGGACACCCUAAAAGAAGUUUCCUCUGUUGAGGUUCUAAAUGAAGGCAGAGGUGAGAGGGGCGGGACAGGGCGUGCGAUGUCAAGGACCAAUUCCUCCUACAGUGAUUCCCAUGUGCCCGCUCCUCGCCGUCACUUCAACGCUUCUGCUGACAAUAACAACGGCUCAGCUGAUGACUUUAGGAAUGUGUAUCAGGAAGCAGAAGAGGAGGAGGAGGAGCAGCAGCAGCCUUCCUAUCCACCUCCAGCCUGGGCGGUUGAACCCAGAGACAACUCGUCGACACAAAACCCUCUGCUCAGACGGCCUCAGUGGAAUCCGAAGAAGUAAAAAUGUUCCUGGGCUUUCAGCGGCAGCUGGACUGCCACAGAAUGAGGGUCAUGUUCCCAAGAAGCUCCAGGGAAUCUAAAUAUAACUGUGUGUUCAUGGUGUGUAAAGGCCCAGUAAGUUAAUGGUGGAGAUUCAUUCAUGUCUUAAUGGAGGAGAACCGCCCUUCAAAAUGAGCCAGAAUGGACAAAAGUCAGAGGCACAUCAGAGGCACAGUGCACUUUAGUGCGGGGACUGUGUAUGAUCUGUAAACUGUGAGUCAUAUUUCAACAAGUGACUUUUAAAUACUUAUCUUCCUGUAGGAUUUUGUUUUUUUAUGUUUAAAGGCGAUUGUAGCUUAAACUGUUUUAUUGUGACUCAUUAUUUCUGUUCUUUGUAAAUAUUAGUCUUUUUGUAUUUUAACUGUCUUGUGUCUUUUACAGUUGCAUGAUUGAAGAUAAACAUUUUAUUGCUGUGUAGCACAAAGUACUCUGAGGAGUAACUUGGCGUCUGUUGCACUCUGGGAUCCACAAAUCUGAUUACACAUUGUAACCAUUUUCUUCUUCUGUAAUAAACUUUUCAUU